AUUUUAGGCAAGAAUCGGCGCUUGUCUGCGUUUCGUAACAAUCAUCGUGAAGACCGGCAUUAUUGAUUCUCAAGCCGCAUUUGAAGCUCGAAGUUGAAGGUGGAACUCCCGGUGUGUUGCUUUCAGCAUAGAGGCCCAGAAAUUUGAUACUAACUUGAGGUUCUUUUUUCAAUUGUUUUUUUUUGGCUGUGGUGAGAAAGUUCACGCACUCGUAAGCCUUUCUGUACUCAUCCCAACUUGAUUCAUCUGAUACGAACCAUACUAUGCUCCGUAGGUUACCUUGAAGUGAUACCGAAAAACCUUCAGUAUGGCUGUCCUAGCGCUUCCGUCGUAUCCUACCUCACGGGCGCGACAAUCACUCACUCCCUCGCAAGUGGCUUCCCUUAACCAGCUGAUCCUAUCAUCGUUGUCACAAUGUCGAGAUCUCCCAGUCGAGAGGAUAGAGACUUCAUCUGCAAAGACGUUCAUCUCAUCUUACGCCAAAGAUGUCACUUCUCGUGUUCUGCAGUCUCUAAUCUGGGAAGAUCCCAAAUCAAAGUCCGAGACGUCGAACAUGUCACAGAUCGAGAAAGCCAUCCACUAUCGAGUACUGCUACUUGCAGAGAAGGUGUCAGGAUCUCUUGACUUCCAAACUCUAGUCGAUUUGGGUGUUGCUUAUGGCUCAAGCAACCCGAAGCGCCUACGUACACUAUUCUCAUCGGCCUACUCAUCGAACUCCAAGAAUCUGGACGCCCAGGUCUCUUCUGAGGUACUUCCAGCCUUCACCUCCUUCCUGGCAUCUUCCACGCAAGGCUUGUAUGGUAUCCGAAAGCUUUCUCACAUCAUCCUAUCAUGCCUUCGACCGGCACCAGCUCCUCUCCAGCUUCUCUUCGCACGAGACAAAUCAUUCAUUCUUGCCCUGGCCAAAGCUUAUGACGAAGGUCUUAGCUCAUUUGCUCAAUCUUAUGGCGGUAUCCGCUUGCCAGAUUCUUCUGAUGAACGCCCUCUUGAAGAGUGGGAACGCAUCUUCCUGGAUACAAAGGUCGCUUUUCUGGAUACCUUCCAUGUCCUGCUCCGUGCACUCUUUGAUGACGUGGCUGCCGUUCCAUCCGCAGGGAGAGACCUUGCAUCACGUUGCGAACCUGCGUUCGAGGUCAUAUUCGCAUUGCUGGAUCUUCCUUCAUUCCAAGGCGAAUCGACCAGUAGUUCGACGGAGCCAAUACCAUUCCUUAAUCAGUCACUACUAGCUGACUAUCAGCAUGCAUAUGACCUUUCGCGAACCUUUGUAUCUGUCCUGCGCAAAGCGGACGGCGAAAGGACGCAGUUACUCGAACAUGCUCUACGAUCGUUAGACAAUGCAUCCGACACGACAAACCCCGGAGCAUUAAAAUUCAUCGUUCGUUCUUCAGGCAUUCCAGCUGGCAUUGAUCACAAAGGAAAAGGUCCGAGUCGUUAUACAGCCGAUGCGAAAGGCAAGGGCAAAGCGGUGAUUACCCGGCCAGUCGCAGAAGACAAUCCUCAGCUCGACGCCGCCGUUUCUCAAGUCCUGGAUAUUCUCCCCGAUCAACCUGCACCUUACAUCCGAUACUUACUCGGACACCCUGAUUACCCAUACAAGGGGAAUGCUGAGCGAUUGAUUGAGGCAAUAUUCGAGGGCGGAGCUCCUUCUGUGGAGGAAGUUGAUGCUGCCAUGGCUCGGGAGACAGCUGAGCAAGUUUCUGAGGUAGUUCAUCCGGCUGAAGAAGAAGAGUAUCAAUACACCAAGGAUCGACAGAAUGUGUUCGAUGAAGAGCAAAUGGACUUGUCUCAAGUCAGGUUUGGCAAGAAAACGGAGGACUUGGGUAUUGUAAUUCAAGACCGCGCUGUCAUGGACCAGAUGAAAGCAGACAUCCUUCGGCGAGCGGAAGAAGCCAUGUAUAGCGACGAGGAGGAGGAUGUCGAUCCAUACGCGGAUAAGGAUAGGAAGAAAGGUAAAGACGUUGCUUUCGAGGAUGAACUCGAUGAGGGCGGCGGCGUCAAGGUUCGUGACGGUGAACCCACUGACGAUGAGGAAAGUAGUAAUGAGGGUGGAAGUGAUGAGGAAGAAGAUGGUGCUAAACGGCCUGAGACGAUCCUGGAACUUGCCUACAUCCGAGAUCCAAAGCUAUUCGACAGAGAUGGACAGACCAGAAGGAGCAAGGCAAGGGCAGAUCUCAAGGCGCAAACUGGUUGGAGUGACGAGCAAAUUGAAGGAUGGAGAAUCAUGCUCGAACGCAACCCUAAGAAAGACAGUAUCCUUCGAAAGCACGAGUUUGCGGGAAACCAACCUGGCCUUCCAGUCCCCGGAACCGCUGGCUCAUCUCAGCACCGUGGCCGUGGCCGUGGUCGAGGCGGAGCACGCGGUGCGGGAAGAGGACGCGGUCGGGGCGGACAUCAUGGAGAAGGUGCUAGUGGAGGAGGUCGGGCCGAGGGCGGCGGUGCUCGCGACAGAGCUUGGAAAGAUAAGCACAAGGCCAGUCGAGGAAAUCAUAGUAGGAAAGCAGGUCACGAUAAGAAGAUGGCUCGAGCAGGAGGUCCGCCAUCUUGAGUCUGAUGUUCUGUAUCAUGGUUGGAAUAAAUUAGCUGCUCCCUACAUACAUAACGUGUACCUCCGAGCAAAGCAAAACAAUGCUGGAUACUAGGUGGUUAAUCCGACUUAGGUUUUUCGGCCGUCUUUUCACCCGCUGCAACCUGCUCACGACGAGCUCGCCUCCAGGCCAGGAGUUCCCUAAUCACAGCAGCAACGAGGGGCGCAGCAACUGACGCAAACAAAGGAGUGUAAACUGCGUACUUAUGCUCCGCGGGGAAGUAGAGCAAUCCGAGAUUAUUAGGGUUGAAGAAGGCCCUUGAAGAUAGUUUCAACGCCUCGGCGGAAUACUGGAGUGCGCGGGCAGCGGAAGAAGACCCAACUUCGAACGCCUAAAUGACGAAAAUUGAGAACAAUGAGGGUCGAGGUCACAACGAGCGCAUUGACUAUGCGUACCCGCUCCAGAGCGUCCAAAGCACUCUGUACAUCACCUUUGACAUCUUUCCCAACUGGCAUAUUCUGAAUCUGGUUCACCAACUUGACGAUACUUUCCAACGUUUCCUGACUAUCCUUGACAUUCUCCCCCGUACGUUGACGAAUGAGUGCGUCUAGCUGCCAAUCCGAGAACGAUUCAGGGUGAUCCGAUUUGAUAUCUGCUGGUGGCAAUUCUGGCACUCCGAGAAGUGCCAAAAGUUGCGCUCGGAAAGUUUCAAAGGGCCGUUUGAGGGCAGCGGAGGACAGGUGGGGAAGAGGGCGGUUCACGAUGACGAUGCCACCCCAUUGAGGAAGAAUGAACGCGUUUGAGUCCGAUGGUUUGCCUGUAUGACAGAUGAGGUGUAAGGCUUGAGAAGACGGAAACAGAGGUGCAAGUGACCUGCCUUCGUUAUCUAGGAUAUGUAGUGGCGUGUGGUUCGCUGAUGGAACGAAAAGCACGAAAUGAAGCACUGGAUCAUUGGAAACGCUAGAUGCUACGUUCAAGUGUAAGUUCAAUGUUGAACGGGAAUCAAUGGCUAUACUACUUACACAACGUCCAUUCUGCCGAGUUAACGAAGACAGUGAGGUCUUCGUGUGUUAGUCCGUGUACCGUUUUGCCCUCAUGCUCGACGGUCUUCGGUGCGA